AUUUUUACAAGGACAUGAAUCAAAUUAUUACCUAAUACUAACAAUGAACUUGUACAAUUUUGACAAUAAUACUGAAUUAAUCUGUAACCAGAUAGAGAGUGAAACAAUUUAUAUACAUUCAAAAAUACUGGAGGCCGAAGAAGACUCCACCGAUAAAGCAUAUAUAUAUUACUAUAAUAAUAUGACAUACCAGACAACGUGUAAAGGGAAACAUUCGACGUGGUUGUUAUUAAAUGAUCAUAACAGAAUUGUUGGAAUUCAAAAAGAAAACCGUGUUAAUUUAAAUAUCAGUGAACAUUCAAGGAUGAUUUGCAUUGACUACGAAUGCUAUAAUAUGAACUCUAUAAAUACUACACUAUGUACGAGAGUAAUACGAAAAGAUUUAACCUUUAUAUCUUAUGAAUACGACUCCAAUAGUAGCUAUAAUAAAUUAAUAACUGUGUCCAUAAUAACAUUUGUGGUGUUGGUUGGAAUAAUACUGAUUCUACUGUCUGCGCUGCUUUGUUGCAUUUUCAAGAAACCCCGACCUCCAAUGCCUUUGCCGGAACAAGCAACUGACUCAAACAUUUUAUAUUCUGAAAUAUAUGAUCACAUAAAUCGCAUAUAAUAUAACAUAUAUUAAUAAGGGUUGGGUUGAUGUUAUAUGAAAUUUUAACAUAUUAAUUGCGUUGCAAGAACGCUUAACUACAUAUUUAAGCGUUCUGCCUAG